AUGGCCCCAGAAGAUGCCGCGGGGGAUGAUUCGCUGGGUACCGUCAUAGAAAGAUGCGCCUGCGAGAGUGUGUUCGACAAAAAACCAUGCGACUUUUAUCCAGAAGGCACCUUACAGGAUGCAAUUACUGAAAAAGUCGUUCAAUGCUACAUGUGGGAAGAUGGAGGUGACUUGGACGCAGAUGAUCAGGAGUUGGUCCGAUUCAUCCUUUCGAAGGCGAAGAAGCUCUUCGCCAUCGCAACCGCGAUCCACUUUGAAUUCGAGAAGCUGAGGAAAGUGAUGGCAUUAUUCAAGAACAACGGAAUCUGCGACGAAAUCUUGAACAGUCCCCCCCAAACCACAAGCACCGACCCUGACGCCGUCCAUUCAGACCCUUGGCCUGAUCUGCUGGCGACACUAGAGCCUGCCAAUACUGGUCGGAAAAAACUUUGGAAUUCGCGUCGCAUCAAAUCCUUUGAAAGUAAACGGUGGGAAUUUCUGGCACCCGUGUUCUCACCGACCAAGAUGUCCUACGACUUGCCCUCGUUAUGUAUUCUCCCUUUCAUAUCGAAAGGUGCCGCGUCUAAGAACGGGUCAUUUGGUAGCGUCCGCAAAUACGAAAUCCAUCAGAAUCACAUCGAACUAGGGCAGCCGACCUCUUCCUUCUUCUUCGCAGUCAAGGAAAUUCUGCCAAGUUCAGACCACGAUGAAGGACGGCGGGACUUAACCAAGAACUGGGAAAAAGAAGCGAGAGCCCUGUAUGACAUGAAUUCACGUAACCACAAACAUAUUGUCCGGUUCAUCACAGCCUUCCGCCGUGGCGAGGAUGGCAAAGGAGACCACUACCUCAUGUUUGAGUGGGCUGACGGUGGCAACCUCGAAAAUUUGUGGGACCAAAACGAAAUGCCGGUCUUGAACGCGAACCUAGUCAAGGCAUUAGUCGAGCAGCUGAAUGGCUUGGUCGAUGCACUUUCCGUCAUCCACAAGGGAUACAAAAAGACGGGUCACUAUAGGCACGGGGACUUGAAGCCCGCCAAUAUCUUGUGGUUCAAGGAUGGAGGUUUGAUUGGCACCCUCAAAAUCUCAGACUGGGGCAUCGCUAAGGAGCACAAUAUCAACACGGAACUGCGAGCUCACGCAACUUCAGCCCGAUACGGAACCGUGCGCUAUGAGCCGCCUGAGAUAGUGACAGGAGUGGAUCCUACCUUCCUAAACCAGCCGCGGAAUCGGAGAUCGCGCCUAUACGACAUUUGGUCUCUCGGCUGUAUUACUCUCGAGUGUAUCAUCUGGCUUCUUUAUGGCACGCACGGACUGAAAUUAUUCACUCAGCGUAUCAAAGAAGGUUCUUCCGAACCAAAAUUCUACCAGGUCAGUGUCCAAAACAACAAGAAGGUCGCCAGAGUCCAUGACGAAGUCAUAAGCUGGAUGAAGAACAUGGCUAAGGACCCUGCGUGCGAGGUUGGUGAAACGGCGUUGGGGGAUCUUCUCGAGAUCGUCAGGGAUGACAUGCUCGUGGUCAAGUUGAGCGAGAGAAAAGGGUCUGACCUUUUUGACAACGAAACGGAUGGUGUGCAAUCUAAUGAACGGCGUCAGGCGCCUCCGCCUGAAAUUUCUGCACCAGCAUCGUCGGGGCGUCCUUCCAAUCCACAGCUCGUCUUGCCCUUACGUGGCAAUGAUACUCCUGAGAGCUCAUUACCAGACCCUGAAACACUGGAAAAGGGACAGGAGCCACAACAGAAUAUCCCCACCUUCACCUUCAGCCCGCCACUAGAUUCCGUUAGUGUUCCUGACCAACGGGAGUCACGGACGCGAGGUGGGCAAAACCUUCCGGGGCGCCUGAGAGCAGAUGAAGUUCUGCAAAAGCUAGGUCAUAUCCUGAGCGAUGAAAAGGACGAGACAUACUGGCUUCCACCUGCUUCAAGAAAGGACUACAGCCCCGAGACAUGGGCUUUGUCCGAUGAAACAGGGAAUUAUAAUCAGUCAGGUUCCCAAGUCCUGACCGUGCCUACUAGAGAACAAGCUAACAUGCAAAAACUGAACAGCGGAACUCUGCCCGUGUUGUCCAUUUUUAGAACUCCUGCUGAUGCACCGGGAACAAAAGCCACCAACCCAGGUCUGCGAAGAAGACCUGAGAACGAAAUCCAAAUCGGGUUUCCGGAACUCCCUCAUGCUGGCAGCCCCGCUCAUUUUGAGAUCCUCCGGCAGUGGCUUCAUGCUUGCGAUACAAAGCACAAGAAUUCGACCUGUAAGCAAAUCACCUCAGGGACUCAAACGAAACCCGAGCAAGGUAACCCCGAAAAACGGCUGCCGACUCGGCUCAUCGAUGUUGGAAGAGAAGGGGACGGAAUCGUCCGGCUUUGGGAGACCAGGCCUAAGGAUAAUGGGAGGUGGAUUGCCCUCUCCCAUCAGUGGGGGAUUGGAAAACAUUUCUGUACCACUCGCAAGAACAUCGAAAACCACAUCAAAGGCAUAGCCUUGGACUCUCUACCAGCCACCUUUCGAGACGCUGUUAUUACUACACGAGCACUGGGAUGUCGAUACCUCUGGAUAGAUUCGAUCUGCAUCAUUCAGGGAAAAGACGGCGACUUCAAAAACGAAGCCAGACGAAUGGAAGACGUCUAUAGUGGGGCCUACUGCGUCCUCGCUGCCAGCCGCGUGAAUAGUCAUUCCUCUGGGUUCCUUCGACCGCGCAACGAGAGAGACUACGUCGAGUUACGCGAUGAAAAUGGAACCUCGUUCUAUAUUUGCGAGACUAUCGACAAUUUCAACAACCAUGUUCUUGAGGGCGCACUUAAUCAGCGAGGCUGGGUGCUGCAGGAGCAUGCUCUUGCCCGCCGAACAAUUUUCUUUACCGAGCAUCAAACGUAUUGGGAGUGUGGUGACGGAGUGAGGUGCGAGACAAUGACCAAAAUGCGCAACAACUUGGCCGCUUUCAUUGGCGAUCCCAACUUUCCACGGAUUGUCAUGGACGCGUCCCAAGGCGAGAAGAUUCUUCGCUACCAGAACUUCUACCGCACGUAUUCCAGACUUGCCUUUACCAACUGGUUUGACCGACCGUUGGGCAUCGACGGGUUGCAGAGUCGUCUCUUGCGGGCCAUGAGAGCCAAAGGCGGUUUCGGUGUGCUUGAAGACCCUAAAUCUAAAGGGCUACUUCGUCGAAGUUUACUAUGGCGCCGUGGGCAAGACACGAGUAGCCUGUCCCGCAUCAAGUUUCCGUCGGAGGCUGCAAUCUCCGCCGUUCCGUCAUGGUCGUGGAUGGCCUACAUGGGCAGCAUCGACUACCUGGAUGUCAAAUUCGGUGGUAUCGUCUGGUGUGACAUACGCUCUCCGUGGUCGCGUGAUCUGGAGGGCGGCCAUGGGGGCACAGAAGGCCGUGGGUUGAGCCUAUUCUUAACAGCAGAAGCUCGCGCGUAUACGGUCGAUCCCACUCUUGCUGGGAGCGAAUCACAGGUUAUUUUUGAUAGCCCAGGCGGAUCGAAGCAAUCAGAGACGAUGUGCGUCGUUCUUGGAAGGGAAAGGGGGCGCGGCGACUUAGGCAGCAUGCUUCAUUAUCUGCUGAUAAUUACGCAGACCGCCUCUCAACAGCAGGAAGGAUACAAAGUCUACGAAAGGGUGGGGGUUGGAUACUUGCCUGGGCGGUGCAUCUCGCAAUCUGGCGAAACUGUCAACAUUUGCUGA